AUGGUAGAAUUUUACAGUCCCAGUGACACUGCUUACGUACAAGUAUCUCCAGAGGGGGACAUUAAAAUCAACCACCUCGCCUGCCUCGCCCACAUCCAAAAGGUGAUUGGCGAACUCAUUAAAGGCGCUCAGAUUCUCGUUUUCAAUUGCCAGGAGCCUGAUCCCAAUGUGACUGAAAUGUUUGAUCAGACAGUCGACUGCUGUUUUGAUCUCACUUCGGUACCCGACCUCCAGUCAUUCAUUCGCUUCUGCGACAUGUGCUACGACUGGCUGGCGAGUGGCGAGUCAAACAUUGUGCUUUUCCAUGCCGAGGGUCCCACAGCAACUAAACGUCUCCUUCUGCUUCUCUUCGCCUACGCAUGUUUCUGUGACUCCGUCGAGAGGCAAAACAUCAGAACCAGCAGACGCCUGAAAGCCUACCUAUCUGCCUAUCCUAAUGGGAAAACCAACGUUCCAGUCGUAUAUUUACGCUAUUCUACCUAUAUGAAAAUUUUCACUCCCUUUCGUCGUCAAAGCAUUUCCAAGGCGACCAUGUCCGUGUAUUGCAUUGUUGUACACAACUUCCCUCUAUUCACCAGUCAUUCCGCCAGCAUUUUCUUCAAAUUCUACUCCUACUCUCCAUUGCGACACGUCUACACAACGGAUGUACACAACUUUUCUGGACGACUGAGCGAGAGGAUGGAGCUGCUGCUUGCCGAAGAGCCGAUAUCGUUGAGGGGCAACGUGGUAAUCUUAUGCUAUCGCCUUAAACCAGAGAAACUUGAAAGGAGACGUGUUUUCAAGCUCACAUUUCAUUCCUGUGAAGGUUACAAGGAAAUGUUGACCUUCACGUAUGACGCCUUUGAUGAGGUGUCUGAGGCCGUACCGGCCACGUUUAAAAUGGACCUCUACCUAACACCGGUGACGGAGAACAAGUCAAAAGUUGUCACCGGAAAUAACUUUUUUUUGGAAGACACAAAAAAAAUUCGCCACCGGAACAACCAACAUCCCCCUCUAGUUGACAGCAUUGAUCCGUUAAACAUCAUCCAAUCACGAGACAUCCCGUUGGAGGCUCUUCGACUUUCGGACUCGCUGGAGGACAUAACUCAUAUGCCAAAUAGGUCGAGUCUGCUGGCAGACACUUUGGUAGUGGAAGAGGCCAGCCGCGAGCUUGUGCGAAACCGUAGUCAGACAUUCAAUGACUUCUUCAUGAACGCCUAUAGUCGACAGGAAGAUAAACAAUGGAAUUUCCCUGCUAACUUUAAACGAUCUGCCCCAAGACGGCCUCCAUCACCAAAUCUGCGAGGUCUGAAGGCUUCAAAAGCCCUGGAAGAGGAUUGGCCGUCCAUCUACGAAAUGUCCAAUAGGGGUAGCAGUGAUUCCGGCUCUGGCCUACAUUUGGAUGUCUCAGAUGCGUCUGAAAGGUGUGUGAAGGGGAUAACCAAAAUCGGAUUUAAGAAGGUUAAGAAGAAGAUUAAAGGGAUGCUUGAUUUGAAAAACCACAAAUCUCCGAAACUUAGCAAAUCCAACAAAAACGAACAACUGAUGCCUCCACCAAUUACCAGUGUGGUUCCCCGCGCACGGACUGAAAGGACGGUUUCCAAGUCGGUAGUCUUUUUAAAUGCCACUCCAAAGAAGACCCCGCCGCCACGUCCUCCGCCACCGAAAUUGCCGGAGAAAAUGGAAACCGAUGAGCCGGGAAGGGAGUGGCAAUGCAAAACCCCUGCCGGUGUUCGUAGCGUUCCUACACGAUAUUUCGGACCAUUGGAAAAGUAUCAGCGAUUGACGGAGAAGGAUUUUGCCGGUGGUGAGUGA